UGCUUUCAGUGUUAUUAACGAUUUCAUACGUUCCAGUCGCUAUUCUAGGCUGCCUAAUUCGAAUUUAAAUAAUUAAGGAAAUAUACUCAAAAUGAUGUCAUUAAAGGAAUUAGUGCAAAUAAUCGUAAUCCAUGCAAGCUUCUUUCUAUUUUACUCCUCGGCAUUCAUUUUCUAUUGGUAUAUAAUUAAAGGAUUGAUCUUUGGCAGUUUACUUGUUAAAACAGUGAUCUGUGUAUAUAUAAUAUAUAUACUGAUUAACUACCAUGUAUACCACAGCGCCUACGAUGGCAAUGGUCCCGUAUUUUUACGUUCGAAGUACUUUUUUGGCUUCAUGCGUGGAUAUUUUCCUGUAGAAAUACGGAAGACCGCAGAGAUUCCACCAAAUCGAAAUUAUAUCCUAGCAUAUUUUCCGCAUGGACUGCUGACCAUCGGUUUAUCCAUAAAUUUAUUGCACGAUAUACAACCAUUUCUGCGUUUAUUCCCCGGCAUACGGCCGAAGGUCGCCACUUUGAAUGUUAAUUUCUGGACACCGGUGCUACGUGAAAUAUGGCGUUGGUUUGGCUAUAUACCAGUAUCGAAGCAGUCAUUGCUAUACUAUUUAAAUAAAUCAAAUGAUGCCGAACAUCCGGAUAACGCCGACGGUUACACAUCGUAUAUGGUGGGCUUGUCAGUGGGCGGCGCACAAGAAUCGCAGCUUACCGAACCGGGCAAGUAUACGAUUCUGUUGAAGAAACGUUUCGGCUUUGUGAAAUUGGCCAUACAAACGGGUUCACCAAUUGUGCCAUCCUUUGGAUUCGGCGAAAAUGAUUUAUAUACGAUACUGGACAAAUCCUGGUUUCGACCAAUACAAAGGUUUCACAAAAAAUAUUUCGGCUAUGUACCUGUCUUAAUGAAGGGUCGUUUCAAUUUCGUUUUGCCUUACAAAAAGCGUGUAACGCUUGUGGUCGGCAGUCCGAUUGAUGUCAAGCGUACUACCAAUCCGGAUCCAGCAUAUGUCGCAGAGAUACACGCAAAAGUCGUCGAAGCUGUACGUGAAAUCUUUGAGACUUACAAAAGUGAAUAUAUUGAGAAUAGCGAAAAUGUGGAAUUGGUAGUAACGUGAAUAUAUCUAUUUUUUUAUUAAAACUUUAUGUAGUUGAUAUUAAUUACAUUUGCCGUAUUAAAACCAUUUUCGAAAUCGUUUUUCUUCAUUUA